CCGGAUAAAUCCGGUAUAAAUUACCUAAGAAAGUGUACUAUGCCUUCCUAGUUUUCUUCGCAUCAAAACUUUCGUAGUAUCACUCUCUGUGUACCCAUAUUCAUACUAGGUACUCUGUUUUGCGAGAGAAAAAAAUUGAAAAAAACGAGAAUGUCAGGAGAGGAAGUGUUUGUUGGGUCAAUCGAUCAAGGAACCACAAGCACGAGAUUCAUCAUCUACGACAAGAAAGCUAGCCCAAUUGGAUCUCACCAGGUUGAAUUCACUCAGUUCUACCCACAAGCAGGAUGGGUAGAGCACGAUCCGAUGGAGAUUUUGGAGAGCGUGAGGGUUUGUCUGACCAAGGCUGUUGACAAGGCAACUGCAGAUGGCCACAACGUUGACAGUGGAUUGAAGGCGAUUGGUGUCACCAAUCAGAGAGAGACCACUGUCAUUUGGAGCAAAUCUACAGGCCGUCCUCUCUACAACGCCAUUGUUUGGAUGGAUGUUCGUACCAGUUCUGUUUGCAGGAAAUUAGAGAAAGAAUUAUCGGGCGGACGAACCCAUUUUGUUGAGACCUGUGGUUUGCCCAUAAGCACUUAUUUCAGUGCAAUGAAGCUGCUAUGGAUGUUGGAAAAUGUGGAUGCUGUUAAAGAAGCUGUGAAAAAAGGGGAUGCUCUGUUUGGAACCAUAGACACCUGGUUGAUUUGGAAUUUAACUGGAGGCAAGGAUGGCGGUUUACAUGUCACUGAUGUCUCAAAUGCAUCACGAACAAUGCUGAUGAAUCUCAAAUCACUUGAUUGGGAUACACCUACAUUGGAAACACUAAAAGUUCCUGCUGAAAUUCUCCCCAAAAUUGUUAGCAACUCUGAGAUUAUUGGGAAGAUAGCCAAGGGAUGGCCAAUUCCUGGAAUUCCAAUUGCUGGAUGUCUUGGUGAUCAGCAUGCGGCAAUGUUAGGGCAAGCUUGCAAGAAAGGCGAGGCCAAAAGCACUUACGGAACUGGGGCCUUUAUACUACUCAACACUGGUACAGAGAUAAUCAAGUCUACUCAUGGUCUAUUAAGCACGUUAGCAUUUAAGCUUGGUCCCAAAGCUUCGGCUAACUAUGCUCUAGAGGGCUCAAUUGCUAUUGCUGGAGCUGCUGUGCAGUGGCUGAGAGACAGUCUUGGGUUAAUUGCUUCUGCAAGUGAGAUUGAGAAGUUGGCAUCACUGGUUGACUCGACUGGCGGGGUUUAUUUUGUGCCAGCAUUCAAUGGACUGUUUGCUCCAUGGUGGCGAGAUGAUGCCCGUGGAGUUUGUAUUGGAAUUACAAGGUUUACCAACAAAUCUCACAUUGCUCGGGCAGUGCUAGAGAGUAUGGCGUUUCAGGUGAAAGAUGUGUUGGAUUCAAUGCACAAGGAUGCAGGGGAGAAAGGUGAGGUUAAAAAUGAGAAGGGCGAGUUCUUGCUUAGGGUGGAUGGUGGUGCUGCUAUUAACGACCUUCUGAUGCAAAUUCAGGCGGACUUGUUGGGUAAUCCGGUGGUUAGACCAGCUGACAUAGAGACAACAGCUCUUGGAGCAGCCUAUGCUGCUGGAUUGGCGGUUGGGAUUUGGAAUGAAGAGGAGGUUUUUGCGUCCGAGGAAAAGAUGAAGAAAGCUACUCUUUUCCAUCCAAAACUAGAUGCGGCAAUCAGGAAGAAGAAGUGUGAUUCUUGGUGCAAAGCUGUUGAAAGAACUUUUGACUUGGCUGAUCUAUCCCUUUAACUGUUUUAGGCCAUGUUCUGUGCUCAUCCUUCUAGUUUAUUCUCUUUCUUUUUUUCUUUUUCUUUUUUUUUUUUUAUAUUUUAUUUUUCUUGUCAUAUGCUAAUAAUAUGUAUUGUGAAUGAAGGACAUGCUCAAAUGAUUAUAUUGGCAAUGGUUUAUAUCAUAAUAAAUGGCAGUUUCUAGUUCUUGCGACCA